UUGUUGUCCCAACCAGGGAAGUGGGUUCUUUGCUGUGUAGCUUGCACUAGUUCUCUCUCUCAGUCUCUUCUGCGCAUGAGUCACCGCUGGCCGCCUCAGUGAAGGUGUGACAAUUUCUGGGGACCCAACUGGCUGAGGAAGACGCGCUCAGCACCCGCAGGCGGGUGAGCAGAGGUACGACUCUCUAUUUCAAUUGAGACAUAGAGAGGAGAGAAAAGAUUCAGCUCCAGAGAUUACGAGAUGGUUUAGAUACCGGGAAGCAGUCGGUGUUCCAGUGGGUUCUGCUGAAGAAGAUGAUUCGGCCAAUGGGUUCCAAUACCCAGUGCGUAGAGAAGCACCUUUCAGCACCCUGGACAGCGUGCGCAUUGCCUCCUCUUUCAGCUCCUAGAACCUAAACCGAGCUUGAGCUUCGCUCACUCAGACUCAAACCGCUUGCAGUCGUAUCUCUUCCUGGCCAUGGGACCCAGGGUAAGUCCGUAGAGCAAUGGACUUGGCUGAAGCCCUCCUGGCGCUCCUUCUCGGCUCAGUCCUUGUCGUCUCGCUUCUGUCCAACCUGCUGGUGCUAUUAUGUUUUCUCUCCAGCUCCGAGCUCCGCCAGCAAGUGCCCGGGCUCUUCCUGGUCAAUCUGUCUCUGUGCAACCUGCUGUUGACCGUCCUGAACAUGCCCUUUACUCUUCUGGGUCUCCUGUGGCGCCAGCAGCCCGUGGGGGACUGCGCGUGCCAGGCGGCGGGCUUCUUGGAAACUUUGCUGGCGUCCAACGCCAUGCUGAGCAUGGCCGCGCUCAGCCUGGACAAGUGGGUGGCUGUGGUGUUCCCGUUGAGCUAUGCGAGCAAGGUGCGUGGCCGCGAUGCCGCGCUGCUGCUGGCCUACGCCUGGCUGCACUCGCUCGCCUUCCCGCUGGCCGCGCUCGCCUGCUCCUGGCUGGGCUACAGCGGCACCUACGCGUCCUGCACGCUGUACCUGCGGGUGGAGGCGGAGAGGAGGCGCUUUACCGCCUUCACGGUGGCUUUCCACGCCGCCAGCUUCGCGCUGUCUCUCGUGGUGCUCUGUUUCACCUACCUGAAGGUGCUGCGCGUGGCCCGCUUCCACUGCCGGAGGAUCGACGUCAUCACCAUGCAGACCCUCGUUCUGCUGGUCGAUAUUCAUCCCAGUGUGAGACAGCGCUGCCUUAAUGAGCAGAAGCGGCGGAGGCAGAGGGCUACCAAGAAAAUCAGCAUCUUUAUAGGCUCUUUCGUCCUCUGCUUUGCUCCUUACGUCAUCACCAGGCUGGUGGAACUCCUUCCAUUCAUUACAAUCAACAACUACUGGGGAGUAAUAAGCAAGUGCCUCACCUACAGUAAGGCUGCCUUGGACCCUUUUGUGUAUUCAUUGCUGCGUCAACAAUACAAGAAGGUGGUGAUCAACAUUGUCAACCGACUGCUGAGACGAGAUUUAUACCCAUCAUCUGGCUACAAUAGCUCUCUUGACACAGAGAAUGAUUACUGCCUCCACCGGCCAAAUUGAACUGCAUUAUUGGGGUUUAGGGACUGAGAUUGGGCAGGUUUUUAACCAUGCUGGCCAUUUUUCAGCAAGCCUCCUGUUUAUUGGGCUGAUAGCUGUGAAGGGAACUUGGGUCACCUCAGAGUCAGAGAGUAUCCCAUGCUCUUUGGGGGCAGCAUUGGUCUCAGUAGCACGACUUCAAUCAAGACCAAGACAGGGAAAAGGGCAAAGGAUAGGGAUUUACUCUUUCCAUCCCCACUUGCUGCUAAACUGGAAUUUGGGGUUUUCCCUAUAAGGUCUUAAGGGUCCGUGCUUCAUUUUCUUAUGUGAUAUAUUGAGGGAUCUUGGGUGAGUUGGGAAAGAAUUGGUUUUGGAGUCAGGAGACCUAGACUAGAAUAACAGCUUUGAUACAUGUUGCCUUGAUCUUCAUUCCUAUGAGCUUCAUCUUUUUCAUCGACGGAUGGAGAAAAUUAGACUAGAUGAUCUCUAUGAUGCUUUUUAACUCUAGAUCUUAUAAUGAAUUAGAGGAAUGCUAUGGCAAUGGGAAGGGAAGCCUGGCAAGAAGAACUGGAGAACAUUCAGAAUCCUUGCCUGUCCCUACUCCAGGGAUGUCUCUGCCCUUCAUCAUUUGAAUAACAUGAAAGCAUUAUCAUAUUUAAGAGGCAAAAUUAUGGAGCAGAAAAGGAACUGCAUUUGAGUUUAAAAAGCUAGGUACAAAUCCCAUCUUUACUGCUUACCACUUAUGUGACCCUGGGAAAGUUCCUUUCCAUCUAUAAGUCUAACUCAUUUUCCUCAUCUGUAAAAUGAGAGAGGUUAGACUUUAUGGCCACUAAGGUCCUUUUAGCUCUUUAUCUAUGAUUCAAUUCAGUAUACCUUCUUAUCUCCUUUUCUCAUCCUCCUUCCCUCACCAAAGAGUUUGGUUUAAUCUAUUGGUAAAUUAGUAAAUUUUAAAUAUACUUACUUUUACUUUGAUACCACACUAGUCCAACAUUUCCAUUUGGAAGAGUAGUCUAUAAUGAUCAAAGAAACCAGCAAGUUUAAUGUUGAUAACUUUGUCACCUUUUAUUUCUGGAUGAGUGAUUAAUGGUUCCAUUUGGAAUAAGGAAAAAUUUAUCACUACACACCAUAAAAGCUAAGAAUAUAGUAUGUUCUAUAAAACAGAAAGAUUAUAGACAGGAACUUAACUUCCCUCCUCCAUACCAUGAGUAGAGUAAAAAAAAAUUAACUUAAGCAAGCUUUGAAGCAAUGACUUGAUAUUUUGAUCUCCACUCUCAGCCUACCUUCCACCAUAAUCCCCCAUUUGUAAAGUAUCAAUGGAAUGAAAUUCUGAUUUGUCAUCAAACUUCUAACAUACCAAGAUCCAUUGAUGAGGGGACAUGGGAGAGAAGGGCUUGGAGUGCCAGAUGUUUAAAAAAUCAUUCAUUUGACAACAUUCAAGUGUUGAAUAAUUAUCCAUAGCCUGAUAUAAAGAUUAUCAGGCAAAUUUAAGAUGCAUUGGGAUACUCCCAUUUUUGCUCCUCUAUAAAUCACAUGUCCAAGAUAAGAACUAGAAAAUCCAAUCCUGGAUUUUCAGUUAUUCCCAAAGAUUUGACUUUAAAAUGCUCAAAGGCAAUGUCCAUCAUUAUGUACAAACUCAUUUGGUGGACAUUUGGGUUACCAACAGAUUGCUCCUUGCUUGACCUACUUUAAUAGGUUAUCACCUAACUCAUUCAUCAUUUGAAUUUACUUUGAUUUGUUUUCAAACCAAUUUACAUGUGUGGGUCCAUUGCAAGUCAGUCAAAUAUCUUGUUGGGAGAAGUAUGAUGGGAUGGAUUAAACAGUGUUCAAGGAACAGGACAACCAGAUUCUGAUUCCAACUCUGCUGCUAAUUAGCUGUGUAAUCUCAAGCAAGUCUCUGUUUCUAUAACCCUUGGUUUCCUGGUUGUUGUAACAAAGCACUGAAUUAGACUCUAAGAUUCAACCUUACUCCAACAUUUUGUGAUUCUGGCUUAUAUUCAAUAAAUGACACUGAUUUUGAUUGUGUUAUUAUAAAUGCAAGUUAUAUUGACUAGGUAUUCACUGAUCUAAAAAAAAAAAUAAAGCCCAAGCCCCAAAUCCAAUGGAUCUAGC